UCACAGCACCCCCAAAAAUUCUGCAGAGAAUGUUUCACAGGUAAGAAAUUGCAAGAAAUUGUUCACAUUCCCCCACCAUGGAGAGAGAAAAGAAAUACCGGUGCACACCUUUGGGACUCAGGGUAAUCCAUCCUUUGUUUUUCUCUAUGAUGACCCUGUUUCCAAAGAUGAUUCCAGCCAUACAUUUUCACAAAACCUUGCCUUGUGAUGUGAAUUCUAGCUCAGAAAAAUAUCUAGUGGUAAAUUGCACUGAACGUGGCCUCACAACAUUCCCAGAAGAAAUUCCUACCAAUGUUACUAACUUGACACUUGCCAUUAAUCACAUCCCAACAAUUGCCCAAAGCUACUUUGACAACCUUGGGAAUCUUCAGGAAAUUGAUUUCAGGUGUAACUGUGUUCCUCACAUGUUGGGCCCUAAGGAUCAUGCGUGCACCAGGAGUCUAAUGAUCAAACCGCGCAGUUUUGCCAAACUCCACAGACUGAAAUCACUGUACUUAGAUGCAAAUCAGCUCUCAGCAAUCCCUCUGGAUCUACCUCCAAAUUUGCGUCUUCUGAGCCUUGAAGCAAACUACAUUUUUUCCAUCAAUAAUUUGUCAGGACUUGGCAACCUAGAAAGUCUCUUCCUGGGUCAAAACUGCUAUUACCGCAAUCCCUGCCACACUUCCUAUGAUAUUAACGGAACAGCAUUUCAGGCCCUCAGAAUGUUACAUGUGUUAUCCUUAAAAAGUAAUAACAUAUCAAAUGUCCCACAGAAUCUGCCACCCUCCUUAACAGAACUUUACCUUUAUAAUAAUGUAAUACGCAAUAUUAGUGAGCAUGAUCUAGCCAACCUUCACAACUUGAAAAUUCUUGACUUAAGUGGCAACUGCCCUCGCUGUCACAAUGCUCCGUAUCAUUGUGUUGAAUGUGGUCAGGCAAGUAUUUUCAUCCAUCCCAAUGCCUUUGACUCCUUAAAGCAAUUAGAAGUCCUGCGGCUGCACAGCACCUCCCUUCACGCAGUGGAUCCGGACUGGUUUAAAAAUAUUGAGAAACUGAAAGUGCUUGAUCUUUCACAAAAUUAUUUGGCUAAAGAAAUUGAGCAAGCCCAUUUUCUAAAGUUUCUUCCUGAACUAGAAAGCUUGGAUUUGUCUUUCAAUUUUGAACUGGGGUCAUACCCUCAAUAUUUGAAGCUAUCAGAUACAUUUUCUAAUCUGACUCAAUUGCAGUUCUUAGGUUUGAGGGGUUACAUCUUCUCGGAACUGGGUCGCCAUACUUUACACAAAUUAAUUCCUCUUCGAAAUCUUAUGGUGCUGGACUUUGGGACUAAUUUCAUCAGGAACGUUGAUGUGACUAUGUUCAAAAAUUUCUCAGGUCUUCAAGUUAUAAAUCUUUCCUUCAAUAAAAUAUCUCUCAUUUCAAAUGAAUCCAGUGCUAAGUCUAACUCUCUCCCUGAGCAUUCAGGAGAUGAAAGUAAUAGUAUUGUGCUACAAGAUGUGCAGUAUUUCAGAUAUGACAAAUAUGGUCGAAGUUGCAAAUGUAAAGACAGAGAAGCUGCUUAUUUCUUGCCUGAACUGUCUUGUAGCAAAUAUGGAAAAACGUUGGAUUUAAGCAGAAACAACAUGUUUUUUAUCAAUUCCUCAGAUUUCAAGCAUCUCACUUUUCUUAAGUGCCUUAACUUGUCUGGUAAUGCUAUGAGCCAAACUUUGAAAGGAACUGAAUUCAAAUAUCUUUCCGGCUUGAAAUAUUUGGAUUUUUCUAACAACCGGAUUGAUUUGCUAAAUACAGAUGCCUUUAAAGAGCUGAAAGAACUGGAAGUUCUAGACCUUAGUGAUAAUAGUUAUUAUUUUAAGGCAGAAGGCGUCACUCACAUGCUGGGCUUUAUUGGAAAUCUGGUAAAUUUAAAAACAUUGAUCAUGAAUGGGAAUGAGAUUUCUACAUCCACUGAUAAAGCCAUGGCCAGUAAUUCACUAAAAACACUAGAAUUUCGAAAGAAUCGCUUAGAUGUUUUAUGGCAGGAGGGGACUGCUGAAUUCUGGUCACUGUUCAAGAACCUGACCAGCCUGGAGACUCUUGACAUUUCUGACAACUCUCUAAGCUUUUUACCUAAUGAUGUGUUUAGGAGCCUGCCUCCAAAUCUCACGGUGUUAAUAUUGGGCAGGAACAAACUGAAAUGUUUCCAAUGGAAAAAUCUCCCGCUUCUGAAAAACCUAGAAGCCUUGGAUCUUAGCAACAACCAGUUGAUUACAGUUUCCUGUGAGCUGUCCAACUGCUCUAGGACCCUGAAAAACCUCACUCUGCAAAACAACAGGAUCAAGAAGCUGCCAAAAAACUUUCUUCGAGAUGCUUUCCAACUGAAAUAUUUAGAUCUCAGUUUCAAUAAAAUCAAAACACUUAGUAAUUUCAGCUUCCCAAAAAAUGUUAUUGACAAUCUGGACACAUUACUUUUACAUGGUAAUCCUUUCAGGUGCGACUGCGAUCUUGUGUGGUUUGUCUCCUGGAUCAAUCAGACAAAUGUGACAAUUCCUUUCCUGGCAACAGAUGUGACUUGUGCUGGCCCGGGUGCAUGGAAAGGGAAAAGUAUGGUUUUGUUAGAUUUGAAUACUUGUGAGCUGAACUUCUCCCAGAUCCUGUACUUAUUGUCUGUCUCAGUCAUCAUGGUUCUGAUGCUGAUCGCAGUUAUGAGCCACUUAUAUUUCUGGGAUGUGUGGUAUAUCUAUCAUUUCUGCACUGCCAGUUUAAAUGGAUAUGAACGUCUUUCAUCUAAAGUAGUGUAUGAUGCUUUUAUUGCUUACGAUAAGAAAGAUUCAGCUGUGACCGAAUGGGUCCUAAAAGAAUUAGCUGGAAAACUGGAAGACGGGACAGAGAAACGAUUCCAUUUAUGCUUGGAAGAUAGAGACUGGCUACCAGGUCAGCCAGUCCUGGAUAACCUUUCUGAGAGUAUCCAAGUGAGCAGAAAAACUAUAUUUGUGCUAACAAACAGGUAUAUUACAAGCGGAAACUUCAAGACGGCCUUUUACUUGGCACACCAGCGCCUUGUGGAUGAAAAAGUUGAUGUAAUCAUCCUGAUAUUCCUUGAAAAGGUUUUGCAAACAUCAAAGUAUCUCCGUCUCAGGAAAAGACUGUGUAGUAGGUCUGUCCUUGAAUGGCCAACUAAUCCUCAGUCUCAGUGUUAUUUCUGGCAUUGCCUGAGAAAUUCACUAGCAGCAAACCAUAAAUUGAGCUAUAAUAAGCUUUUUAAAGAAAUGGUAUAGCUUGGUCACAUUCUAGGAAAAUGUUUCGUAGGAUAAGCCACCCUGAGCAAAUGGAAUGAGGCUAAAUCUCAGCCUUCACUCUGCAGGAGGUUUUUAAGCAUUGGAGGUAGAACUGAAUAGCAGCCACUCAUAAACCAUUAAACACUUUUUUUGGAGCAUAGGGAGGUUACCUUAUUUGAGACAACUGCUGCAAAGGAAGUCUAGUUUGUCAACUGAACUUUUCAGAUGAUAAAUAUUGGGAUACGUAAAGGAGCUUGUAGCUACAUGUCUCCUCAGUUUAUCUUUCCCACCUCAGAUGCUUAAGAGUAUAUACAAAACUGCCAUGAGGUGGGAAAGAUAAACUGAGGAGACAUGUUGUAGCUAUAAGCUUCGGUAGCCGCUGUUCAUAGGUUUUACUUGUGUAUAUAGGUCUUGUGCCUCUGCUAGUAGCAUCCUUGAGAAACCAGGAGAUGUCUUGCAACUGGGUGAAGAUAGCCUGUUUCCCUGCAGCAGUGUAAUGGCGAGGGAGGUUUGGAGAAGUCACUGGUUGAAAUCUCACGUCGUCUGUAAAGGCAAUUGGUAGCAUUCAGCCAGGGAUGGGAAAUGGCAGACCUGAGGGACACAUGCAGCCCUCCAGCCAUCUCUAUUUGGCCCUUGAGAACUCCCCUCCCUAGGCCAUAUCCCUACACAGACACUCUCCAUACCAGCCCUGCUUUGUACCUUCCCUGAUUGGCUUUGCUUGGUUGGACUGUAUCCUUGAACUCAGAGAAUGCUUCUUAUUUGCCUGGAUGGAGGCUAUAGAGGUCUGUUGUGGAAAUUAGCCUACUGCACAACAGUAAGAUUCACAUUUGCUCUUCUGCCCCCCCCUCCGGUUGCCCAGAUGGAAAUGUGGCCCUCAGGCUGAAAAGUAGUUCUCCACCUGUUCAUGAGGCAAAUCAGUGCAUCUCAGCCUCAGCUCCCGUAAAUAAUUUUGAUACAGAUUUGAUACAGAAAAUAAUUUUGAGGUAACUUUUUUUGCUUAUACUUCCUAUUAAUACUUACAUUGCAAAUAAGUUUAUCACAAUGGAUUAUCCAAAAUACCUUUAAAAUGGUAUGAAUCUUAGCUGACGGUUGUUGUUAACAUCUGGUGCUCUGACAAGCUACACCAGAAACCGGAAGGACUCAUAUCACAAAUACAGAUUUUCAUUUGACUUUCUAUAAGAGCGCUCCAAAAACCAGAAAUAAUAUACAUGCUGUUUUUCUAUGUCAUGGAGGAGUUCAGUGGUACCACAAACAGCUACUGCUACUUCUUUUUCCACUGCUAGAUUAAAUCUGCCCCCUGGGCUCCUACUGGGAGGAAGGGCAGGAUAUAAAUCUAAUAAAUACAUAAAUAAUAAAUCCUGCCCCCCAGAAUGACUUCUUCUUGCGUGUGAGAAUAUCCGCUUGCUAUGGAAGGUA